GGACGCGCGGCGAUAGCGUGUCUUGACGAGGGGGCAAAGCGGCAAAGCGCGCUUUGGCGGAACGCGGCCUGGACGCGGAGGUGAGGCCACUCGUCGCGCAACCCUCCUCCCUCCGCGGUUGCGUCGCGAUACAUGUGUACGCCGUUCGAGUCCGCGCGCACGAGAGGGUAUGCUCUUAUGGGGUAGCGAGCGGACGGUAGCCUUUGUCGUGGAAUGGAGACGGAGAGCGUAAAGUCCGGGGCUAGCGAGCAUAGCCAUAGCCACCACAGCAGAAGCUCCCAGAAGCAUCAUCGUUCCCACGGCUCGCAGAAGCAGCAUCACAAGCAGCAUUCUCACCGCACCGCUAGGAGCAAUCGAAGUCAAAGGAAGGAGAGGCAGAAUUUGGACACUAGCGAAAUGGCUCCGUUUCAAACGACGGUGAACGUACGCGGGGACAGCGUGGAUAACAUGGGCCAGGAGGUGAUCGAGGUGCAGAUACUGCCGCAGGAUGAGAAUUGGGGGGAGAACACCACCGCCGUCACCGGCAACACCUCGGACAGGUCGGAAUCGACCGAGGACGUGAGCCACUGGCCGAACGAGGCCGACGGCACGUUCGGCUCCAACUGCAAUCGCUACGUCGGCCCGAUCGUGGCGAUGAUACUCGGAAUAAGCGCCUUCCUUAGCCCUAUAGCCAUGGUCAUUCUGCCUAAGCUGGGAUUCUUUCCCGACUCGACAACGGUACUGACGAUGCAGCAGAAAUUGCACCUGCUGUCCUGCAACGCCGAGUGCAAGGGCGAACUGCUGGGAUUGGCCUUCAAGCUGGUGCUACUGGCCGUCGGUAGCUGGGCGGUGUUCCUGCGUCCGCGCACCGCCACCAUGCCGCGCAUAUUUCUAUUCAAGGCGGGAGUGCUGCUGCUCACCACACUGUGCAUUUGUACUUAUUGGCUUUUUUACGUUGUACAGGUCACCGAGAGUGCUAAGACUGUUGCCAAUGGCGAAAUAACAGAGUACAAAAGUUUAGUAAAUUACGCAGGUACCCUUGCCAAUACACUCCUAUUUAUACAUUACACCGCAGUGCUCCUUAUCGAAGUUCGUCAUCUACAGCCUACGUUUUAUCUUAAGGUCGUUAGAUCGCCGGACGGUGAAUCGAGAUCUUACGCGAUCGGCCAGUUGUCGAUACAGAGAGCAGCCGUGUGGGUUCUAGAGAAAUACUAUACAGAAUUUCCGAUUUACAAUCCGUACUUGGAGAGGCUGCCGGUCCCGAAGUCCGGUAGGAAGCAGUCGAGCUUCAAGUUCUACGAGGUCGAUGGUGGAGUGACCGGCGGCAUGCAGUCGCGCGGCGGUAGCGGGGACCGGGCGGUCCUGGCGGCACAGGCGCGUCGCCGUGACUCCAGUCACAACGAGCGCUUCUACGAGGAGCACGAUUACGAGCGACGGGUGCGGAAACGCCGCGCGAGACUCAUCACCGCCGCCGAGGAGGCGUUCGCGCAUAUCAAACGUUUGCACUCCGAGGUGGACUCCACGCCGAAUCCUGGGCCGAUGGACCCUAUGGAGGCCGCGCAGGCGGUGUUUCCCUCCAUGGCGAGAGCCUUACAGAAGUACUUGAGAAUCACACGGCAGCAGCCGCGUCAUUCCGUAGAAUCUAUUUUGAACCGUCUCGCCCGGUGUUUGGCACAAGACGCGGCGCCGCGCGCCUUCCUCGAACCGUUCUUCGCCGCGAGCCCGGUGCUGUCGAACGAGAAGGAGAGGCAAAAGCGAUCGCAUCACUGGGCUCUGGUGUGCGAAGGCGAGCUACCCUCUCGCCCGAUUGCUAACGGUUGUGAGUUUCAGCUGAGACAGGGCGAAGUGGCGCUUCUGUGUACUGCGCAUAGAUUACCGCAUUUUAAUCUCACCGAACAAUUGGCGCAUCCUAAAUCGAACAAAUUUCUUCUGCGUUUGAACUCGGAGACCUCCGUUUAAGAUGCUCGAAUAAAGUUCGGAGUAAGUUUGUUCUCGGAGGUUUAAUGAAAUUAAAUGAAACUAUAUCCCAAGCAAAUGUGCUUGAACAGAUAUUUGGCACAAAUGAUAUUUUAGUCGAGAUGACGUUUGAUAUAAAAUCUUCCUGGGGCGAGAGUACUGUUGGAGACUUUAUUUUGCGCUGAAAAUGAACAUGAUAGGCACUAAAUUUUGCCUCGCGCGGGGAAUAUUUUUUAAACAUUAUUUCGAUUAAAUCUCAUUUGCGUCAAAAAUAUGUCGAAAUUUUCACGAGAUCGAAGGAUAAAUCUUUUUAGAAUAUUAUUUGAAACUUCUGUUCACGGACUGUUGUAUAACAAUAUAAUAGUACUUAGAUAAUUCUAACACGAUAGACUGAGAGAAACACGGCAGUUAGGAGAAUAAUUCGCCAGUCGCUUUCUUCACAACAUUUAUGAUAUCAUUUUCUUCGAGAAAAAAAUCACAAUGACGUUAAUAAGUAUCCAUACUUCUGAACAUACCUUUAAGUAAUUAUUAUGGAAUAAUAAUUAAUUUGUACUGUAAUAUAAAAUACUCAG